AUGGCAUUGACAGAAUCUCAUAUAAAAACUACAUUUCCAACUUUUAAGCAAGAACAAUCAUUACUUAUUAAGUUAAUAAACUAUGAAAUUAUUUCUUACAAAACAAACAAACAAAGCAUUCUCGACAAGAUUUAUAACGACUUGAUUCAACAAACGACAGAACUUUUAGAUGAAAAUUUUUAUAAAUAUAUUAAAGAAGAUAGUGACAGGACAAUUACUGAUUCUAUCGUUCCGGAAUGGAUUGGUUUACUAGCGUGUAUUGAAUUCAUAAGGGCAAGAAUUUUCUUAAAAUUAAUAAGUGAUCCAUCAGUUACCUUUGAAAAACUUUUUACUCUUACCUACAGUGAUGAUAAUGAAAAAAGUUUCAUUAUCUCGAUCCCAGGAGAUGAAAGUUUAUCUUCCGAAAAUCAUGUUGAACGUAAAGUUAAUCAAAAUAAAGUCAAGACUUGUAUGGAAUAUGUUAUUAUUGCAAUGAAUUAUUUGACAAAUCUUAGGGAAGGAAAGGAUUGUAGUAAAGAAAAGGCUACUUACUAUUCGUAUGGUGAUGUUUUAGAUGAUAUUCACGAAUCAACUUCACUAUCAGUUAGAGAAAUUUGUUUAAAAUCCAUAAUUAAUUUGAUUAAGACUGAAAUAACAGAU